GUGGAAUUUCUUGUCCUUGCAUACUACAUAUAGAUAAAAAGCAUCCAAUCCAAUUCCCCAUUACAUCUCCGAGUCUAUCUCCAUGGCAGGUCUUAGUACUCUCUUCUUCUCAUUUCUUUCUCUAGCUCUGACAAAAACUAGUGUGAGCUCUCGUGUCAUAAGUCCUAUCCCUCUGAAUAACUCGAUCCUGAUCUCUGACGGCGUCCAUGAAGCCUCGGAUUACAAGUUUCUCACUCUUGAUCCUCCAAAGAACUUGUCAGGGACCGCGUGUGUUCAUGUCUACGGGUUUCUUCCAUGUGCAAACAAUGUUGGAGGUUAUGUCUUCCAAGUUUUCUCCUUUGGGGGUCUCUUGAUCAUUGGUGACUAUUUCUUGUCUGAAGGAAGGUCGAAGCUCUUUUUAAUCUUUGAAGUAGGUUUCUAUGGCGGAAUCGUCUUCCCUCUUCUCACAAUGUUCCCAAGAAUCGCCCUUAUGCUCUCGACUGGACUAUCAUUGAGCAGCGAUGUUGCUAACUUCUUCAUAGGUGAUAACGUUGGAGUUACUGUGGGAUACACUGGAGCUUGUGUUGUGUUUGGCAUCACUGGUCCGAGUUUGGACCAGUCAGUUAGAAGAACAACCACUGAUGGAAGGAGCCAAAGACAAAAGAUAGUGAAAAGCAUUGUUGAAGCAAGCGUAGACGUGGAUCCCAAGAACAAGAAAGCCGCAGGGAUUAUGUUGUUGAGUCUAGCUCCUUUUCUCAUGGUGACACUGUCGGCUAUAUUUGAUUCACAUUCUUGGAGACACAUCAUUAUGUUGAUCACACUAAUAAUCUCUUCUUCUUCAACCGUUGUCUACUUUGUUUACUCGUAUUUUGAUCGAACUAACCAAGAGAAGAGCUUAGAUCACGCGAGGUUUCAGCUCAUGUCAGAAGUUCAUAAGCACUUACAAAGGUUUUCACCAAAUAACCUAAUUAAAGGUGGAGAGCUAAGCAAAGAGAGCUUGAAAAGUUUAUUUGAGAAAACUGAUACGAACAAAGAUGGGAAGAUACAAAUAUCUGAGCUAAAAGACUUAACGAUAGAGUUUUGGAACUUUGGGAGAAUGAAAUGUGACAUAGAUGAGCUUGCUAAAGCCUUUCUUAAGGAUUUCGAUGGAGACAAAGACGGUGAACUAGAAGAGAAGGAAUUCGAAGAAGGGAUCGCGAGAUUGCUUAAACAAUACAAAUUCAACUUCGAUAGCGAAGAGGAUCAAAGAGAGAAUCAAAAUGAGGAGGAGGAUGGAGUUCUAAAGCUGGAAGUACCGAAGCAAACGCUUGUUACUAAACUGCUCUCUAUGGAAACGUUAGGAGCUGCGACUGAAGUCAUCGCAGGGAUCCUAAUAGUCCUCUUUCUUGCAAAGCCAUUUAUGAUGAACAUCGAGCUCUUAUCGCUCUCAGCUGGAAUUCCCUCUUUCUACAUCGUUUUCGCGAUGAUCACUCUGGCUAGAAACUUGAAGAACACUCUAUCUGCACGCUUCUGCCGUGGCAAAGACAAGAAAAUAAUCUCAUCCGACACCUUCUCCGAGAUCUACAAAGAUGUUACAAUGAACAACCUCAUGGGAAUGUCGAUCAUAUUAGCGAUUGUGUACGCGAGAGGCUUGACAUGGAAUCACUCGAUAGAAGCUCUUAUUCUCGUGAUCGUUGGUCUUGCAAUAGGCUUACCGGCUUACGUGAGGUCGACUUAUCCGUUCUGGAUCUGUGUAUUGGCAUUUGCUAUGUAUAUCUUCUCUCUUGUCCUUAUCUAUCUCCGUUUUCAUUUUCUAGACAAAAACUAAGUUCACACCACCUUCGGUGAGAACUAGAGUUAUUUAACCUCCUAUCAAAGAUCAUUUCCUUGGUAAUUUUUUUUUUUUGUAACUUUCUCACAUCUCAGUUGUUCAAUUUGGU